UACAGUGGUGCAGUGCAGAUUAGGGUUUUAUCAUUUCUCCAUCUCCACAUUGUAAUUGCAGUGUUAGUAUUCUCCGAUUUAGAUAGGUGUUGGAAUGGAAGAAGAGUCGGUGAACGGCAUCAUGUCAAGGUCAACAACAACUCCCAAAACUACGCAAGAGUUAGCCAUGGAAGGCCACAAGUACCUUGAAGAAACCAUACAAUACGCUUACCAGAUCCUCUCUUCCAUGAACGACGAGCUUUGCAACCCCGUUUUGUGGUCCACCUCUGCCUCUGCUUCUGCCUCUCCUAAUGCCCCAUCCUCAAACGGCGUCGUUAGUGGUGAUGCCCCUUCCGAUAACUCCAGCCACCACGCCGACAGCGGCGCUGCUGCUGCUUCCUCUGGCGGUGCUGGAGGCGCUCUUGAAGAGGCUCGCUUUCGCUAUAAAAAUGCUGUGGCUGCGCUUCGGACUAUUCUCACUGCAAUUCCUAACUCCCCGAAGGCAAAAGCAUUUGACACUGGGUUGGAUGCUAGCCCUGUGGAUGAAGCUGAAAUUGAGAAGUUAGAAGACCGAGCCUCUUCUCUAAGAAAGGAGCUUGCCUACAAGAACUUGCACCUGAAGAUACUUAUAGAUCAACUGCGUGAUCUUAUCACUGAUAUAUCAACAUGGCAAAGUCCUUUUUCGGCCUGAAGUUUGGGAUGAGUACUUAAAUUUGUAGAGUGGUGCCACCAAAUGGAAAAUUGAUAGAGUACAGUGACGGGUAACUAUGCUUCUUGAUAUUGUAACACUUGAAGUUUCAUCAGCUUAUCUCAAGAUGUUCUCAUUUACUUCCUGAAACUAUGAUUUGAGAGGUGUGGAAUGACAAGAGGUUAUCUGUAAAUGUUUGUCCAUUGGGCUUGUACUUCGUAGAAUUUUUGGCAUAAAUUUUAUAGAAUAACAACCAGCUAAUGCUUAAUAACAAUUUGAUGGAAUCCUUCAUAUGAUUGUUGUCAGAAAUUGUACGUAAACAGUUUUAUUUUGAAGUUUAGAGAAGGGUGCAUGUUUUUGGUCCCAAGAAGAAACUCUUGAUGAUCUUAUUCACCAAUUUUUGCAUUUUUCAUUGCUUGUUCCUUAGCUGGAUUCAUUUCAUUUGUUUCAGUUCUAUUAUUUGAUUUUGAGGAAUAUUUGGGAAAGGAAGUAGGAACAGGAAGUUGGUACAGUUUAAUGUAAAAAGUAUCUUUCUCUUAUUUAUUUAGGAGAUGAAGAUUGAAGGAUAAAGAAACGGAGCAGUAUCUUGUUCAAGAUUUUCUUUUUAAAAGUUUGCCUCCAAUUGAAAGGAGAAAAAGUAUUAUUCUCCGGGAGGAGGAAUGGGAAAUGCACCCUCCACUUCCUCCCCUUUUCAAUUUAAAAAAGAAAAAGAGAGUCCACUAGACCAGGACUGACAAUAAAGACAAAUGUAUUAUGUAUCUAUUCUUUACCAUUUUCUUUACUAUCCCCUUCUUUUUCAUCUACCGAUUUCCGUACAUGG